AUAAACAGUACAUCGUCAGCAAGGAAGUCGGUUCUUAAAAGGAUCCGAUUCAAAGAGCCGACUCUCCUUAAAACGAUACAUAACUAAUCCAAACACUGUAUCCACCGCAACACAUUACACACACUUAUUCUCUCCAGCACACGGAGUAGCGGUCAUGCUACAGCCUGCACAAAUGGCCGACGGACAGGCCGCGCAGGUUCUGAUGCUGGCAGUGCAAUCACUGUAAAGCAACAUUGCAAGCAAACAAACAAACUGAUGUCAGCAAGUGCAGCACGUUGCAAUUAAGAGCAAUCAUGUCCAGAAGCAAGAGCUCCGAGUCCGUGAAAGUGGUGGUACGGUGUCGCCCUAUGAAUGAAAAGGAGCGUGCUGCAAACUUUGAGAGGGUGGUGUCUAUGGAUGUAAAGCUGGGCCAGAUCCUAGUGCGUAAUCCAAGAAGUGGGUUCACUCAUGAACAUCCCAAAGUUUUCACUUUUGACUCGGUCUAUGACUGGAACUCAAAGCAGGUUGACCUCUACGAUGAGACCUUUAGGCCACUGGUGGACUCAGUAUUGCUGGGCUUCAAUGGCACCAUCUUUGCCUAUGGACAGACAGGUACCGGAAAGACGUACACAAUGGAAGGGGUACGCCAUGACCCAGAAAAAAGAGGGGUUAUUCCUAACUCAUUUGAGCACAUUUUCACACACAUCUCACGAUCACAGAACCAGCAGUAUCUGGUCAGGGCAUCAUAUUUGGAGAUCUACCAGGAGGAGAUCAGGGACCUGUUAUCAAAGGACCAGUCUCGUCGCCUCGAGCUAAAAGAGAGACCUGACACAGGUGUUUAUGUCAAAGACCUUUCUUCAUUUGUCACUAAAAGUGUCAGGGAGAUUGAACAUGUCAUGAAUGUAGGAAACCAGAAUCGGUCAGUUGGCUCAACCAACAUGAAUGAACAUAGUUCUCGUUCACAUGCAAUAUUUGUUAUCACUGUUGAAUGCAGCGAGUUGGGUCCAGAUGGGGAGAACCAUAUCCGUGUUGGAAAACUCAACUUGGUUGACUUGGCAGGAAGCGAAAGGCAAACAAAAACCGGUGCGCAAGGAGAACGACUAAAGGAGGCAACCAAAAUCAAUCUCUCCCUGUCUGCUUUGGGUAAUGUCAUUUCUGCAUUAGUGGAUGGGAAAAGCACCCACAUUCCAUACAGAGAUUCUAAGCUUACCCGUCUCCUCCAGGACUCUUUGGGAGGUAAUGCCCGAACUGUCAUGGUGGCCAACAUUGGCCCUGCCUCCUACAAUGUAGAGGAGACUCUUACUACGCUACGUUAUUCAAACCGUGCCAAAAACAUAAAGAACAAACCACGCAUUAACGAGGACCCCAAGGAUGCCCUUCUGCGGGAGUUUCAGGAGGAAAUUGCUCGUUUGAAGCAGCAGUUGGAGAAACGAUCAGGGAAAAAGAAGAAGAAAAGGCGGAAGAAGAGAGUUGGGGAGGGAGGGGAGGAAUUGGAUGAUGAUGAAGAUGAAGACGAUGAUGAUGAUGAUGAUGAAGAAGGGGCAGAUGGGAAUAAAAAUAACACUGAUGAUUAUUGGCGGGAGCAGCAGGAAAACCUUGAGAAAGAGAAGAAAGCAAUCAUGGAGGAUCACAGUCUGGUGGCAGAGGAGAAACAGCGGCUGCUUUUGGAGAAAGAGAAGAAGAUGGAUGACCUCUGUCGGGAAAAGGAGGCAUCUGAAAUGUUGGCAGCUAAAGUCAAGGCUAUGGAGAGCAAGCUGUUGGUUGGAGGGAAGAACAUUGUUGACCACACUAAUGAGCAGCAGAGAAUUUUGGAGCAGAAAAGGCAAGAAAUUGCUGAACAGAAAAGGCGCGAACGGGAAAUGCAGCAAGCAGUGGAGUGCCGUGAUGAAGAGACACUUGAGCUGAAGGAGACAUACAGCUCAUUGCAGCAGGAAGUUGACAUAAAGACAAAGAAACUUAAAAAGCUCUUUGCCAAGCUGCAGGCAGUGAAGGUAGAGAUCCAUGAUGCCCAGGAGGAACACAUUAAAGAGAGACAAGAGCUGGAGCAGACACAGAAUGAACUGACCAGAGAACUCAAACUAAAGCAUUUGAUCAUUGAGAACUUCAUUCCCCUAGAGGAAAAGAAUAAGAUCAUUUUGAGGGCCACCUUUGACGAGGAGGAUGACUCUUGGAAAAUGAAACCCAUUGCUCGUGUUCAAGAUGAUCAGCAGAUGAUGAAACGGCCAGUGUCUGCAGUGGGAUACACCAGGCCGAUAGCUCUGCAUGCACGCAUGGCCAUGAUGAUGCGCCCUGAUCCAAGAUAUAGGGCUGAGAAUAUUCUGAUGCUGGAACUUGACUUGCCCACACGCACCACUAAAGAAUACGAGGAGCCCAUGAUUGCGCCAAAGGUGGCUGCUGCUUUAGAAGAUGCGCUCAGGGAGGAGGAUGACAUCCAAGUGGAUGCUUCAGCUUUGGGCCUUGGUGGAUUUAACAAAAAAACAAAAACAAGUCGUCCCAAAACAGGCAAGAAGGUGAGCACCCCAACGUCAGCCCACAGCCCGUCCAGCUCAGGAUCUUCCCUCUACCCACAGUCUCGUGGCCUUGUGCCUAAAUAACACUUUUGACUUUCUUACUAUAAACAGACUGUGUGUUUUUUGCCAUGGUCUGGGAUUACAGGCUGAAGGUUAUUGCUAAUCUCCAAAUUAUAAAAUGUAUACUUGAAAUGUAUACAUUUAUGAGGAGGCAGGCCAAGGUGAUGCAUCUUCUCAUUCAAAUGAUACAAAACAAAAACCAUGUCUGUGUUUUUUCUUAACUUUUAGCAAGCAUAAUUAGGACUACUUUAAAUGCUGAAGUUCUGCUGCUGAAUGGUUUACAACAGUUAAAUGUGCAAUCAAAAAAAAAGAGCUUUGCUGAAGAGAUGAGUGAGCAGGUUUCAUGACAUUGAUGUUCAGAUGUUGGUUUCUGUCUGAUUUUUUUUUUUUUUUUUUUUUUUUUAAAUGUCUGGUCUUGCUGAUACCUGAGAGUAAAAUUCUACAUCCUCUUUCUGGUCUUAUAGUGCAGUGGCACAGAUAUCUAGACCAUAGUUGACAACUCCAUUGUAUGUACAGAUAUUGGGUUGUAUCUACUGUAGGUAGAUAUGUUUUUUUUUUUUUUUGUAGGUUUAACAAAUUGAAAGGCUCAUUUAAGGAUUUCACUGGGUGGCAGCAGGCCAUCUGCUUGCCUCCAAAUACGCGCUGUAGAGUUAUCUAGUGAGAGAGAGAGAGCACAUUACACCACAGGUCCAGUUUCCAACAGCACCUACAUCCUACCUCCCAUUCCUUUUACCACCAGGAGCCAAGGGUGUGAGGAAAGGAAGGAAAAAGGAGUGGGUCUGGAUUGAACUGAUAUUAAUUAGAGCUGUAAUGCUGUUCCUUUGGGUCACCCAAGUUGGAAGGAUUGGAGUGGGGAGCUAAAACAGGUCAAGACACACCUAAUAAUCAGGGUCCUAAGGUGCCUUACCUACCCUUCAUUCAUUCAUCUUCUAUACCUCUUAUUCUGUAUAGGGCUGGGGGGGCAUGGAGGCUAUCCUAGGAAACUUAGGGCACACCCUGGACAUUGCAGAGCACACACACAAUCAACGGGCAAUUUGGGAACGGGAAUACCAAUUAAACUGCAUGUCUUUGGAUUCUGGUAGGAAACCCAUCAAGCAUGUGAACAUGCAAACUGCACGGACACUGACCCGAGGCAGGUGGACCCUGGAGAUGCAAAGCCACAGUGCUAACCACUAUGCCACCGUGCCGCCUUACCUUCUCUUUUUACUCAGAAAAUCAAGCGUCUGACUCAUUGCUCCGAAUGUCCCUUGAAACGAACAGAUUGCUUUAAAUUAAAAUAGAAAUGCAAGCGCCAGUGCAACAAACCAUCACAGUUGCUUUGCAACAUCACUGUGCUUUUCCUUUCAGAGCAUCUGUAGAUGGUAAGGUUUUGUUCCUUCAUUAUUUACUAUAAGAUUCCCUAUUUAUGAAAAAAAAAAUUAUAAUCUAACUGAUAAACUGCAAUAUCCUCCUUAUCCCACCUUCUGCCUUACCAGUAAGGGUGACACCAUUGCUUGCUGCUACUGUAGGGUUUAAUUAAACCCAUGUAUACUGUGUGUAUGUGUAUACAUAUAUAAAAGAUUAAUAGUCAUAUAGCAACAUCUAAAAUGCUAACUUAUCGUACUGAACCUGUCUGUUUUAUUUACAACUCUGGAUACCUUUUGUGUCUUUUUGCCAUAGAAUGUAGUCUUUUUUUCUUGUGUAUUAUUUAAUGUGUACACACAUUUUUGCAUUAAUGAUUUUAAGAGACUAUUUUAUGUUGUCUUGUUCCUGUGAUAUCUUUGGAUUUCUAUUCAAUUGUAUGCAUCUUGUUACAAUGUUUAGCUUUUUCUCGAUGUUGUGUUGUGUGUUGUUACAUUGGUAUAGAAAUAAUGAACAGGAAAGCCAUUUGGUUAUAAAAGUUUAAAAGGGAGAACACUAAUGAAAAUGCACUUCAUAUGUAAUGCUUGUUUAAUUCAUCUGGUUGUAUAAAUCAAAACCUGAACCUGAACCCAGCUUUUUUUUGUAUUUCAUUUUAGACCACAACUGCAUUGUUUUUUUAAUUAUGAAUU